CUCUCUCUCUAUAUAUAUCAAUCUGUGGUAAAGCUUACGGGGAUCAGAAAAGAAAAUUAGGGCAGGAGUUAGAUUUCAACGCUCAAACCGCCCUUUAUAAUGCCCGAGGCGUUUCUAGUAGAUCUAUCAGAGAUGUUGAAUUGUGAUUUCUAGAAGAAGGCGAAAGAAAAACCAUUCAGAAUCAACAACCAUGAUGAAGCUAUUUGAUGCUCACUGUCACCUUCAAGACCCAAUGAUACUAACCAAAGCUCCCCAGCUUAUAAGAACUGCUCUUGACAAUGGCGUCCUUCAUUUUGCAGUCAAUGGAACAUGUGAAAACGACUGGCACUUAGUAAAGCAGUUAAGUGACAACAAUCCCAGUAUAAUUCCUUGCUUUGGUAUCCACCCUUGGUUCAUCCUAGAUCGAACUCCUAAUUGGAUGAAUACAUUAAAGGAAUUUUUGGAUAGAAAUCCUUGUGCUGCAAUUGGAGAGAUUGGAAUUGAUAAAGGCUCACAGGGAAAGAAGAUAGAUUUCAGUCAACAGAUUGAAGUUUGCACUAAACAGCUUGAGUUAGCUAAAGAGCUUAAGAAACCAGCGUCCAUUCACUGCGUUCGAGCGUUUAACGAUCUUCUUCAGAUAAUGAAAUCCGUUGGACCUUUUCCAAAUGGGGUUAUCCUUCAUUCCUAUUUGGGUUCGGCUGAAAUGGUUCCUAUGUUUGCUGAAUUGGGUGGUUACUUUUCAUUUUCUGGAUUUCUGAUGUCUCUUAAAGAAAGCAAGGCAAGAAGAAUUGUGAAGUCUGUUCCUGCUGAGAGGUUAUUACUGGAAACUGAUGCACCUGAUGCUUUACCAAAAAUGUCGGAUAAGUCUUUUCCUUUGUUUAUGGUUGAAACAGAUCAUGUGGGCGAUAAUGAAACGCUGAAUCAUCCUGCUAAUAUAGUUACUGUGCUGGAUUAUGUUGCUUCCCUUCUUGAUAUGAGUAGAGAAGAAAUCGCGGAUUUGAGUUAUAGAAACGCUGUGCGUUUGUUCUCUUAUGAAGGUUCUAAAGUGUUGUUGGAACAAGGUAAUACCUGUUGAGCUUUCUUUGUUCUAUGAGAAUGUAUGACUUUUCUUUGUUUAUUAAGGGAAUUACAUAA